CAUUAUUACGUAAUGGAGCGCGUCUGUUGCAGUGUUACGCGCACGCAUGUGCAUUGUUUGUUGAGUUUUUUUAAUGCUUUGACAACAAUCGACUUGUACACUUUAUUCACUCUCGAAUCAAUAACGGCACGUGUAGUUGCGUACAUUUAUCAUCCCUGAUAAUUUUUGAAGAAGAGUUACUCCCAUCAUUAAGAUGUUGCGGUGGAAAACCAGGAAAAAGAGAGCCCAAGCACCCGCAGGAAAGAAGGUAACGAAUUUAAAGAAGAAAGUUGUGCAACCACCCAUUCAGGCAGAAGAAGAACCCGCAGAGGCCCGUGAGCCGGAUGCAGACUUGCUAAAGACAAAGUCCGAGACCGAGACACCGCCUACGGAAUCACCGAAGACAGUCGGGGUGGUCCUGCUGGAGCUUCCGGGCAGACAGUCAAGGCUCAGCACUCUGCUUGAGGUGUCUCAUCCGAACGUAGCACUGCCGUUUCCGGACGCCCCUCACGCUGAGCACGUCCUCGUUGCGAUGACUUCACUGUGGAGGAAGAAGCAGCUGAACGACGUGGUGCUGGCCAUCGGACCCCAUCGAGUCGGGACCCACAAGCUGGUCCUGGCUGCAUGCAGCGGGUAUUUCUCAGAGCUGUUCACGAGGGAAGAGAGCGCCGAAAGCGAUGAGUUCGUCUACAAGCUCCAUGGCAUCUCCUUCGACACUUUGAAGUUGCUCCUAGAGUCAAUGUACACCGGCAAACUCCCGAUAGAUUCCUCAAGACUGGAGGAGAUUCUCGCGGCUUCCGUCUACCUCAAACUCUCCUCAGCCCUGAAGACCUGCUGCGAUUACAUGAUCGAGAACAUGGAGACAUCCACUUGCCUCAGGACACUCGGACUGGCUACAGUAUUCGGCUUGACCCACGUGAUGGAGGAGGCCUCCAAAAUGGCAUCGAGAAACUUUGGCGACAUCUCCGACACUCAGGAGUUCUUGGAGUUGCCGGAGAAACCCAUGAUGACGCUCAUAUCCCGCGACGAUCUGGUGGUGGACUCGGAGCUGAAUGUAUUCGCGGCGGUCCUGCGAUGGAUCGAGGUGGACCGGGAGACACGGCUGACCCACGCCGCUGCUCUACUGGAGAACGUCCGCCUGCCAAUGAUCAAACCUUCGGACCUCGUGGACCACGUGGAGAACGUGGAGUACCUGAUGGAGAUACCGCCGUGCGAGGCUCUAGUCAGAGAGGCGCUCCACUACUACUGCCUGCCACUCAGACAGAGCAUUCUCCAGUCUAGACGCACAUCUCCACGGUCAACGAGGCGACUCACAACCGUAGUGGCAUUGGGUGGCCAACCGAGGAAGGCUAAGGAUUCCGUCGGGGACGUGCUAACGUACUACAACUCGGAAACCAAUGAGUGGGGAACUUUGACGAAAAUGAUUCAGCCUAGACACCACCAUGCUGCUGCCAUGCUCGGUGGAUUCCUCUAUGUCGCGGGAGGUAGGGAGCUUGUGAACAGCCCAGACGGCCCCAUGCAGUCGGCCCACAGGUACGACCCCCGAACGGACUCCUGGAUCCAAAUCGCUGACAUGAAGAACGCACGGGAGAGCUUUCAGAUGGGAGUCCUGGAUGGAAUGAUUUACGCCGUCGGAGGGCGUCAGAGUAAUGAAACCUCAUUGGCUGCUGUCGAACGUUACAAUCCAAGUACUGACCAAUGGGAGGAGAGAGCGCCACUUGGUGCUCCUAGACGGUGCGUUGCAGUUGCCGUGCAUGACGGGAAAUUAUAUGCAGUUGGUGGUUCAGGAAACCAGAAAAUCUCCAACAAAGUCGAAUGCUAUAUCUUGGCCUCCGAUACCUGGGAGCAGAAGCAAGACCUAGAAACUCCUCGCUUCUUCGCAUCGCUGUCCUCCGUGGGAGACCACCUGUACCUUGCUGGCGGAGCCACGGUUAUGAGCGCCCCGCCAGCCCGAGGAGUCCAGUGCGUACCGGAGAUUGAGCGGUACGACCCGGGUACGGAUGCGUGGACUACCAUGCCAGCGCCGAUGAGGCACCCCAGGGCCGAGGCAGCUAGCUGCGUGGUAGGGAGCCGGAUCUACGUCCUGGGCGGGUACUGCUGGGAGCGGAAAGCAUGGCUUGAGUCCGCCGAGUGCUUCGACGUGGAAACGGGCGAGUGGUCGGAAUUAGCUGACUACCCACACGCGUAUACUGGCAUGGCCUGCUGCUGCUUAACACUUCAUAAAUUACCCUGAAAAAGUUCAUUAAAAAAAAAUCAUAUUGAUUUGAGGUUGACUAUACACAUUGUGCAUCGUGUCAGUUUGCUUUUAACAUAAAAAUGAGAAUCAACGUCAGUCUACGCAAUUUCCCAACAAAUCCAUAUACUUUUUUUCAUUUUUUUUUAAAUUGAUGAAGGCCUCAUAUAAUUUCGACCACAAACCAAGUCACGUCCUGUCCAUGCGACAGGAACAAGUAGUUGAAAGCAUUGCUUCGCAAUUAAAGAUUUGCAGAUCCACUAAGAAAGUGUAAUUUCAACCUACUUCAAGGACUAGACAUUCGUUGGGAGCCCAGGCUAAAAAGGACGAAUGAUUCUCCAUCGUAAAUGAUACUUGGUCCGUCCAAAUAGCUGAUAGCCCCUGAUCUCUUAUUUAGACAACAGGGUAUUGAGAGGAAUUUCAAAUUGAUAUAGAAAACGGAAGCCUUGAUGCUUUCUCACGUGGGUGAGGAUCAGAAAAGAAGAGGUCUCGACAUCAGUGUCAUGUAGGCCUAUCAGUACUGGGAGCCUCGUAGAAAUCAACAGCGCCCCGAUGGAGCCGGAGUCUAAAAGUCGGUCAAAAUUUCGAUUUCGCGGAAGAUUUUAAUCCCACAAAAGCUAGAUAUUAUUUAUCCCCAAAUGUCAUUCCAGUAAGUAACCUAAUGGGCCUCAGUGAAGUUGCUCAUGUAAUAAUUGCCGUACCCCCUAAGAGGUAAAAUGAACAGCUAACGGUGCAACU